AUGUUGUCAAUAAUCGAUGUAAUUAAUGCGUCUGCAGGAUACACGAAACCAAUGCGUUCUGGUGAAGAAUUAUUACGGAGUGGAAUGGUGAUUUCGGUUGGAAAAAAAGAGAAAAAUAAUAACAUAAUUCACGUACAAGCACUGGUACUGCGCACGUCGGGAUUAAAUUCCAAACAUCCAGCCAUUAUAAAACUGUGGAUAGAUGUAUCUCAAGAAUAUGGAAAUAGAUUAGUUGGUGAUAAUGAACAAGAAGGCACAAAGGUCUGCGAUUGCCCUGCUGGAGCUUCAGAGAAAUGUAAACACAUAUUAGCUGUCAUGCUUUAUCUCUCAAGAACUGAGGAGGCAGAUCUGGAGGACCUGAGUUGUACCGACAUUGAGAAACAAUGGGGUACACUUAAAACUACAGCAUUGAAGGAAUACGAAGCAAAAUCAUUGUCUAAAAUGUGCCAUGUGAAAGGACAGAGGGACAUCUAUAUAAAAAUAAUGCCAGAAGUCACUGAAGAGAUGGAAAGUCGUUGGAGAAUGAAGUUAAUGCAGAGUAAAUACUUGUAA